AACGACUGAAAACAACCGGUGGCGCAGUUCAGCCAGCCACAAGUGUCCCGUCUGCGCUCGGACAAAGCUCUGUCCCGUGAGCAGCGAGCGGUUAACGUGUGAACUUUCUGUUAUCCUCGUCUUUUUUCAGCUCAACUCCUCCAAACAACAAGCUGCUCUGACCUGAACUCGGACCGCCGGUCGCUUUGAAGUGGAUGAGAGAUGACAGAAAACACACAAAGAACCACACCCCACAAUGGAGCUCUUUGACCCCUGAGUCGAUUGUUUCCAGCAGCAGUUUCUCACAAUACUCGGGCAGAUUUUCAGGAAACCCUGGGGUGGUUUGAGCUGUACGCCACUGCGACAGGGAUGAUUACUUCCCAUAUGAACGGUUACGUGCAGGAGGCCUCCGGUCAGGCCGUGAGCUACAGAGAGAGGGCCGUGGACUGUCCGGGCCAGGAGAGCAGCCUCGUCAAAUCUCCUCAGAGCAGCGCCCACAUGGAGAGGAUCCAGCUUUACCAAGAAGAGAUGAGGAAGAGGAGAGAGGAGGACAACAAGGGCAAGCACGACAUCGAUCCCAACGCUUCGCUGAGGCUCAAGAAGUUGUCGCAGAACCCAAAGGUCGGCAUCGACAAUCCCACCUUCGACGGGAAGGAGAAGGUUGCUAAAGACCCGACCUGCCCGGACCCUGUGGUCGAACUGGAGGACUUACUGCAGGCGCUGAAAUGGGUGCAGAACUGUUUGCAUGAUGCUCAGAGCCAGCAGGACGUGGAGCUCAUAAUGCAGCUCCUAGCCAAGGAGGAGUUCAGGAACGCCUACACGAUCUACUCCGCUAUGUCCCAGCAGAUGAGCCGAGUCAGUCCCACAUCGCCCCUCACAUCACAAGCACAGGACCUGUGCCAGGAGGUUCAGAGGAUUCUUCAGUCGAGUCAACAAACGGAGGGUUUGGAGCUCAGUGUGCUGCUCACCAACCCUCAUCUUCAGGCGCUCAUGCAGGCUCACGACAGCGUGGCGGUGCAGGAAAUGGCAGAGGAAAACAUGACUCAGUAUUUAGGAGAGACGGUUAAAUUAGUGCGGCUGGAGAAGGCCAAAGACACUCCUCUGGGUGCAACGGUGCGUAAUGAUGUGGACAGCGUGGUGGUGAGCCGUGUGGUGAAAGGUGGCGCAGCAGAGCGCAGCGGCCUCCUCAGCGAAGGAGACGAGAUCCUGGAGAUCAACGGGAUUCCCAUCCGUGGAAAGCACAUCAACGAGGUCCACGACUUGCUGCAAGAAAUGCACGGGACUCUGACUUUCCUCCUCAUCCCAAGCUGUCAGAUUAAACCUGCCCCUCACAGACACACUGUGACGCACGUACGAGCGUACUUUGACUACGACCCCUCUGACGACCCCUUCGUGCCGUGUCGGGAGCUUGGUUUGUCCUUCCAGAAGGGAGACAUUCUGCACGUCAUCAGCCAGGAUGACCCAAACUGGUGGCAGGCCUACAGGGAUGGAGACGAGGACAACCAGCCUCUGGCUGGACUCAUCCCAGGUAAAAGUUUCCAGCAACAGAGAGAGAGCCUGAAGAAAACUAUAACCGACAAGAACCAAGAGCAGCAAGGGAAGCUCUGGAAUUCAAAGAAAAGUAAAAAACAGAAGAAGAAGAACUCGAACCCGAACAAAGACUAUGAUGACAACAUGACCUACGAGGAAAUGUCCCUCUAUCACCAGCCUGCUAAUCGCAAACGCCCCGUCGCUCUGAUUGGUCCGGCCAACAGCGGACACGACGAGCUGCGGCGCAGGCUUCUGUCCACAGAACCAGAAAAGUUUGCCGUUGCCGUUCCACACACAACCAGGAACCCAAGACUUCACGAGCGGAACGGACGCGAGUACCAUUUCGUGAGCCGCUCUGCCUUCGAAACGGACCUGGCGACAGGGAAGUUCAUAGAAUCUGGGGAGUAUGAGAAAAACCUGUACGGCACCAGCACCGAUUCUGUCCGACACGUGGUCAACUCUGGUCGUAUCUGUUUGCUGUGCCUGCACACCAGGUCACUGAGAGUGUUGAGGUCCUCCAACCUGAAGCCGUAUGUCAUCUUCAUCGCUCCUCCAUCUCAAGAACGACUGCGCACCCUGCUGGCUGCAGAGGGGAAGACACCAAAGCCCGAGGAGCUGAAGGAGGUCAUCGAAAAGGCCCGAGAGAUGGAGCAGAAAUACAGCCACUUCUUCGACGCCACCAUCGUCAACAUGGAUCCGGACCAGGCUUUCCUGGAACUGCUCAGGUUAAUAGAGAAACUGGACACGGAGCCGCAGUGGGUGCCCACGUCCUGGCUGUGCUAGGAGCUGUUUUCUGUCAGCACAAAGAGUCUCAGGGAUGGAGGAGGAGGAGGUUAAAGAGUCUCAGGAUUUUCACUUGCACAUUUUCCUCACUCAGAGAACCGUUAGAGCUCGCUGCAGACCAAAGUUUCUGUGAACUUUAUUUCUCAACGUGUGUCUUUUGUGGGUGAUUUUUUUUUUUUGUUUUGUGAAAGUUUGCUGAUCUCAGUUUAGAUUAUUCAGCUGGGGGGAUUAGGCUUUAAAAAAUGCUUCCAAUUAAAACAUGAAGCCAAAACCUCUUCAGAUAAAAAUUAAUUAAUUAAAAAGUGGUAGAAGUAGAAUUUUGUGCAUUUAGUGCAACGUUUUCCACUCAGAACAUGAAAUCUGCUGUAGCCUGCAUAGUUUUGGGAGUAUUUUGAAACCAGUAUCAGUAUUUUUACUACAAUAAGACUGACCUCAGGUUGGUAUUGUUACACUAAACAUGUAAAGCUGAGAUUGUUUUAUACCGGUGUAGUAUGAAUACAACUUUAUUAAAAUGUGUACAAAAAGCAACAAAUGCAUAAUUUCAAUAAUUUCAGUAAAAAAAAA